AUGAUCGCCGGUUUCUUCUUUAUCUGUUGGCGAAUAGGCCAGCUAGUGACCCUAAUCAUACCCAUUGGCAUUCUUUCCUGGUUCGUCGACGGCUUCGUCAAAAACAACCAACUAACCCCAACCUACAUCCUCGUCCUCUUCAUCGUCAGCGUGCUCGGCAUCUUCUGGGCCCUGGACACCCUCAUCCGCCACUCCAACGCCAAACGCUCCGCCCACUUCGUCGCCUUCGUGGAUCUCUGCUUCGUGGGCUCCUUCAUCGCAGGCGUCUACCAACUGCGCCGCAUCGCGAACGCAGACUGCGGCAACUUCCGCUUCGACCCGCUCACGCUAUCGCUGGGGCCCUUCGGCUUCGCGGGUCAGAGCGCCAAUAACCCCCUGGCACGCGAUCCGACCAAGGUAUGCGCGAUGCUGAAGACGUCGUUCGCGUUUGGGAUCAUGAACAUCGGUUCCUUUUUCAUCACGUCGAUUCUGGCGGUGCUCAUGCAUCAUCAUGAGGAAAGGGAGCAUGAGAAGGGCUCGUCGCGCAGGCGGGGAUCACAUUCGAGCCAUCGUGGGCAUUCGGGGAGCAGGCAUCGGAGAAGCAGCUCUGGGAGACAGCCUGCUUAUGCCGUCUGA